AUGGCGGAGCACGGAGAGGAGGACCUGGCCGUCGCGGCCGCCAAGAUUCUGCUCAGCCUCCGGAGCAGGACGCUCGUGCGGUGGCCGGAGUGGAUCGCCCGGCCGUCCGACGGUCUCCAGCGGCCACAGGAGGAGGAGGGGGAGGCCGAGCUGCCGCCGAUCCCGGAGGGAUGGCCGAAGCGGCCGCGGUCGCGGUCGCGGCUCCGUGCGCGGGCGGAAGGAACUGCGUCGCUGCUGUCGCAGAAGAGCCCCUUGGCGCGGCCGGGGCGCCCCGUUCUCGGCGGAUCCGGCGCGUGCUCCGGCGAGGAGGAGGAGAGGGCGUGGUCUGCCCCGAAGGCGAAGCCCGCGUCUUUGACCGGGCGGAGGCCGGAGGUGCGGCCGCAGUACGGCUCGGCCUCGGCAGCCGGAUCCGGCCCUUCCACCAGCGGCGCCGACCGGGCGCGGUCGCGGCGACGGGCGCGCGUGAGCGAGAAGGCGACUGCCGGCAGGGCGGAGUCGAGCCCGGAGACGCCUUUCGACUUCGCCAACGCCGCCGGAUCGGGAGCGUCCUCGAGCGGCAACGAAGCCGCGCGGCCGACGGCGGAGCUGGGGUCAGACGGAAGGCCGUCGGAUAGCCACGAGGGGCACGACUCGCCGGCGAAGCGCUCGCGGACGGACCUCGCCGCCGGCGAAGCUACGGCGACCGCGGCAAAAGUGGAGGAGCAGAAGACCAAGGAGGAUUACCGGGACGAGAAGGGCCACCUGCUGUUCGACCUCAACGAAGCUUGGGGUGGUAACUAA